GAGCGUCUGAUAAUUGUAAAUCCCAAUAUUGCUCGCAGAGACAACGAGAUAUAGAUAUAGAAGAAACCGAUUGAGUCACCAAUUUUUUUUUUAGCAAUGGUGGCUCUUUCAACCCACAGUAGUUCUCGGAUCACCCCUAUAAAUUUAAAUUUGCCGCCUCAAUUAAUCCCAUUCACGAACCCAAUUCGCAUAACAAAGCGGACGAUUAAGAAACCAUUAGCUAAUUUUAAUACUCGUAUUUCUCUAUCCUCCAAGUUUAAUCAGUCAGUCUACAUUGAAAGAGAGAUAAAGUUAGAGAGAGAAAGAGAGAUCAUGACGAUCACGCCGGCGGUACGCAUUGCUGACAGGAAGCUGAUCAUGAAGGAUCGGACGAUCCUCGCCAACGUACCGGACAAUGUGAUAGCCACGUCCGGUUCGACCUCCGUUCCGGUGGAGGGUGUGUUUCUCGGCGCGUCUUUCGACGGAGAGAAAAGCAGUCACGUGGUGUCGCUCGGGACGUUACGCGACGUCCGGUUCUUCGCCUGCUUUAGGUUCAAGUUAUGGUGGUUAUCUCAGGCAAUGGGCGAUCAAGGGCGUGACAUACCUUUGGAGACUCAGUUUUUGAUGAUGGAAACCAAAGAUGGGUCUCACCUCGAAUCAGACGGCGGUAACGAAAACAAUCAGAUUGUUUACACCGUUUUCCUCCCUCUGAUUGAUGGACCGUUUCGAGCUUGCCUUCAAGGUAAUCCGCAAGACGAGCUCGAGCUUUGUCUGGAGAGUGGCGAUCCCGAUACGACGUCGUCGCAUUUAACUCAUUCCGUGUUCGUCAGUACUGGUACGGACCCGUUCAGGACCGUCGGUGAUGCUAUCGGAGCCGUUAAAUUGCACCUCAAGACGUUUCGUCAACGCCACGAGAAGCAAUUACCCGGAUUCGUUGACUAUUUCGGGUGGUGCACAUGGGACGCGUUUUACCGGGAAGUAACCCAGGAAGGGGUAGAGGCCGGAAUCGAGAGCCUCGGCGCUGGUGGGACCCAUCCGAAAUUUGUGAUCAUCGACGAUGGGUGGCAAUCUUAUGAUCGGGACCCAGAACAAUCAUUGGAUAGGUUGAUUGGGAUAAAGGAAAACGCUAAGUUUCAAAAGAAGGACGAUCCGACGGUGGGGAUUGAAAACAUAGUGAAGAUCGUGAAGGAGAAACAUGGGUUGAAGUACGUGUACGCGUGGCAUGCGCUGGUUGGGUACUGGGGUGGGGUCAGGCCAGGGGUGGAGGAUUAUGGGGCGUUGAUCAAGUAUCCGACGGUGACGAAAGGGAUAAUGGAGAAUGAGCCCAGAUGGAAGACAGAGGAAGAGAUGAUGAAAUGGGGUGUGGGGCUGGUGAACCCCAAGAAUGUGCACAAGUUCUAUAAUGAGCUUCAUGAGAACUUGGCCUCUGCGGGUGUAGAUGGUGUUAAGGUGGACGUGCAGAAUAUAUUGGAGGCACUUGGGGAUGGGUUGGGUGGUAGGGUUGAGUUGACCAGGCUCUAUCAUCAGGCACUUGAUGCUUCUGUUGCUAAGAAUUUUCCUGAUAAUGGAUGCAUUGAUUGCAUGAGCCACAAUACUGAUGCACUUUACUGCUCUCAACAAACGGCUGUGGUGAGAGCUUCGGAUGAUUUCUAUCCACGUGAUCCUGCAUCACACACCAUCCACGUAGCAGCAGUUGCAUACAACAGUGUGUUCCUGGGUGAAUUCAUGCUGCCUGAUUGGGAUAUGUUCCACUCUGUUCAUCCUGCCGCGGAGUACCAUGCAUCAGCCAGGGCCAUAAGUGGUGGGCCCAUUUAUGUCAGUGACAAACCUGGGAACCACAACUUUGAUAUCUUAAAGAAGCUUGUUUUACCAGAUGGUUCUAUUCUCCGACCUAAAUUGCCUGGUCGGCCUACCAAGGAUUGCCUAUUCUCCGACCCGGCCCGUGAUGGUGUUAGUUUGCUGAAGAUAUGGAACAUGAACAAGUACACUGGAGUUCUUGGUGUCUACAAUUGCCAAGGUGCAGCCUGGAACAGCAGUGAAAGGAAGAACACAUUUCACCAGACACAAUCUGAAGCUAUAACAGGUUUCAUCAAGGGCCGCGAUGUCCAUCUCAUCUCUGAUGUUGCUAUGGAUCCUGAAUGGAAUGGGGAUUGUGCUUCCUAUUGCCACCGAAGUAGUGAGCUUGUCACUCUUCCUUACAAUGCUGCCAAGCCCGUAACCCUCAAGGUCCUAGAGCACGACAUAUUUACAGUUACACCCAUCAAGGUCUUAGCCCCCGGGUUCAGCUUUGCUCCGUUGGGGCUCAUUGACAUGUUCAAUGCCGGUGGUGCAAUUGAAGGGCUCAAAUAUGAAGUCAAGGGUGGUGCCAAAUGCAAAGGAGAAGGAAAUGGUGUAGCUGCACAUAAGGUUGAGAACUUGAGCACAGAAGUUGUAGCAAUAGUUUCCAUUGAGGUUAAAGGGUGUGGCAGGUUUGGUGCCUACUCAUCGGCCAAGCCAAGAAAAUGCACAAUAGGCUCAAAAAUGGUUGAUGUUGUAUAUGAUUCAGAGUCUGGGUUGGUGACCUUCUACAUGGAUGGCAUGCCUAAGGAGGAGGAGGACCAGAAAGUUCACAUUGUUGAGAUCGAAUUAUAAUGGAUUGCAAAUUAAGCACGUUGAAGAGGAACAUUCCUCUUGGCGAUUUGUUUUGAUUUUUGGGAUCAUGAUUCCCUUGUUAUAUGAUAAUGGCUAGGAAUAGAGAAUCUAGAAAUUCAAAUCAUUUUUCCUUCCUUUUUUGUAAAGCUUGUACCUGUGAAUCAAUAAUAGCCUUGUGGAGGCAACGAAAGUCUUCGAAGAUUA